CCAAAUCCAGGUCACAGGGGAAGCGUUACUUGAGGCUAGAUUGAGGUGAGAUUGGUCGGGUUCCUGAGUCCAGUUUGUACACGGGAGUAGGGACUUCAUUUUACCCCCAGUCCAAGGCCUCGAUUAACAGGAUGAGCAGCUCUCAAAAAAGACAGAAAUAUCAGAAGCAUGGAUACAGUCUUAUCUGUUAGAAGAAUGCUCAAAGGAAAAUAAGGAAACUAGAAGUCUCAGGAUGAAUCCAUCUAGAUCUAGAUCAGGUGGUAGUGGAGAAGAAAUCUCAUUUCAAGAAAAUGAGAGAAGAUGGCAGCAAGAGCGUCUCCACAGAGAAGAAGCCUAUUACCAGUUUAUUAAUGCGCUCAAUGAUGAAGAUUAUCGGUUAAUGAGAGAUCAUAAUCUUUUAGGCACCCCUGGAGACAUAACAUCCGAGGAGCUACAGCAGCGCCUGGAUAGAGCGAAGGAGCAGCUGGUAUCUCAGCCUGGCUCGGGGAGUGGGACAAGUGAUGGAGACUCAGAAAACCUCAGAGAACAUUCAGAUGAGGGCUCUCUGCUCCGAUGGCUGAGCACUUUCCGGCGCACUGGGAACGUGACGCGCAGUGGACAGAGUGGGAGUCAGAGCUGGAGGGCUGUGAGCCGCACAAACCCGGACAGCGGGGAGUUCGGGUUCAGCCUGGAGAUCCACAUCAACCCCGACAGCAGAGGCUCCGGGGUGCGCGGAGCGGAGCCUGUGGACAUCCCUCUGUCAGGUGUCAGCAGAGAGCAUGGGCAGCAGAGACCCUCCAGUCCUGUGGCUAGGCGAACCCGAAGCCAGACCUCCGUGAGCUCCAGUGCUGGUCUCUCCAGUGCUCCCGGGGGCAGGCGCUCGAGGAGGCAGGGCUCUGUGCAAGGAUCUUUCUCAGCACUGGGGAGGUUAAGGAAUGGCAUUGGAGCAGAGCUUGGCGUUUCCAGAGUUAGUGCCCCUCGCACUCACGUUAUUAACACCCACACGAACCAGUCCGAUGGUAGUGCUCCCAGGCAAAGUGGACGGCAGCGGUUUGGAGCAGCACAUAUUUGGGAAAACGGGGCUAGAAGUAAUGUUACAGUGAGGAACACAAACCAAAGAUUAGAGCCAAUAAGAUUACGUCCUGCUCUCAGUAGUCGAAGCCGGUCCCCUAUUCAGAGACAGAAUGGGACUGGUCAUAAUUCCCAAAGACAGGGUAGACCGCUACAGCAAACGGGUAGAAACAGGUCUGUGAGGCAGAGAGGUGGAACCAGGGUGUUUUUAGAACAAGGCACAGAACGCAGAGGCACCGAUUAUACCCCACUGUCCAACUCAAGACUCGUGUCAAGGAUAACAGUAGAAGAAGGAGAAUCCAGCAGGUCCUCAGCUGCCACCCAGCGCCACCCAGCAAUCACACUAGACCUGCAAGUCAGGAGGAUUCGUCCUGGAGAAACUAGAGAUCGGGAUAGCAUUGCAAAUAGAACCCGGUCUAGGGCAGGGCUGGCCGAAAGUACAGUUGAGAGCAACAGUGGGGGCUUCCACAGAACUAUUUCUCAGUUAGAACGGUCGGGUGUCCGGACCUAUGUGAGCACCAUUACAGUUCCUCUUCGGAGGAUUUCCGAGAAUGAAGUGGUUGAGCCAUCCUCUGUGGCUCUUCGGUCAAUUUUAAGGCAGAUCAUGACUGGGUUUGGAGAGCUGAGUUCUCUAAUGGAGGUGGAGCCUGCAUCAGAGAAUCAAAGCAAUGAUCAGCAUUUACCAGAGGUGUACCUAGAACUGAGUAAUGGAGGUGCGGCUGAUGACCAUGGUCAGCAUGGAGGAGGCUCCUCACAGGCCCCUCAGGCCCAAGACGACAGUGCGGAAACGCUAGAUGUGAGUGAGCCCACCCCACCACAGCCUCGCUCCAGUGGCUCCAGAGGUAGAAGGCAGUUACGCAGGGCAGACAAUGUCGUUGAGGCUGGGACAUUACCCAUUCUGCGCCUUGCUCAUUUCUUCCUACUGAAUGAAGGCGAUGAUGACCCAAUUCGUGGUCUAACCAAGGAGCAGAUUGACAAUCUUUCUACCAGGAGUUAUGAGCAAAGCGCGGUUGACAGUGAGUUAGGUAAAGUGUGCAGUGUGUGCAUCAGUGACUAUGUGGCCGGGAACAAGCUCCGGCAGCUGCCGUGCCUGCACGAGUUCCACAUUCACUGUAUCGAUCGCUGGCUGUCAGAGAACUGUACCUGCCCCGUCUGUCGGCGACCUGUUUUAGAAUUGGGGGCCACAGACAGCGGGUGAGCAAUGGGGUCUGCUCAGUGCUGUGUGUUCCUGGAGUCAUAGUCGAACACUUUUCUUGAGUUACUUGUGAUGGUGUAACCAAGACAAAAAACCUAUCAGAUUAUAGUUUGCACUAUUUUUUGUGUGCUUUUUUUUAAACCUUGUUACAAAGAGUUUGUUUAUAUAAAAAUUUAAAAUGCAGAUGUUAAAUUAUCCAAAAGUAAAGAAUAGUUAAUAUUGCUAGAACCAAAUAACCUUUAAAAUGUUUUUAUUUUGGUAAUUUUGUCAUGCUAAGCACUUUUGUAUCUGCACAACCCAGUAUGUUAGGGAUCUUGAUUCUUUCUCAACUCUGCAGUAGGUUUUGCUGGGGUUUCCGAGUUUGAACUCAGUGCUUCCUUUGGACACUACUGUCUGAGUCUUCGUAGCCUGUUAGGCUGAAUGUCUGCUAGAUAUACUUAAGUUACUUGAAUUGGUAAUUUAACACGUGGCACACGGCGCGUGUGUCUGCAGGUAUGUAACUGUGGGAACAUAUCCAGGCUGACAACUGCAGGCUGGAGACUGAGGCUCUGGGGCUUAGACUGCAUGUGGCACAGUGUUAACAGUGACAGGAUCAUCUCUAAGGGGGAGUGAAUUAAUCGAGAUGGAGAUUGUUUACUGAAGCGUGUCUGACAAUCUGACCUACUAGAGAGCGAGCGAUGUAUAAUAAUGAAUCUAGUAUUUCUUUAUUCAUGGAAUGUGGAAAUUUUAUGACAGAUAGUUUAAGUUUGUCUUUUUUGUGAUUUUUUUUUUUUUUUUUUAGAAGUACAAACACUUCUGGGGUUAGGUAGGGUUUACAGCAUGCUUGAUUUCUCAAAUUUAGUUUUAAAAUCUAAAAUACUUUAAAGUCUAUGAAGUAGUGAAAUGCAUAGAAAAUAUGUAAAUUUGGAUGCCAAAAAGCUCCAAAUUAAAGCCUUUAAAAGAACAUAGAGUUUAUAUAAACACAAAGUAUGCAUUAAAGUCUAUUUCUACCAGUAAACAUUAAAGACUGUGUGAGCUCA